AUGACUGAUACCUCUCCUACAAUGAUGGAGGGGUCUUCGCCUCUUGCCAAUACAGUGCGCGGCGUUUCUCUUGCAUUAGCUGGUCUGAUGAUUCUAGUGUGUGGAACCCGGUUAUAUCUGAGAAAAUUCGUCCUACACUCGUUUGGACUUGAUGACUACUGUGUUGUUGUUGCCCUGAUCCUGGUACUGGGUUUUGAUGUACUAGCAGUCGUGGUGACUUACUAUGGAGUGGGAUAUCAUCAAGCAAUUGUUCCUUUGGAGGAUUUACCUACAAUGCAAAUGAUUGUUUACGUUGCAAACGCCGUAUAUCUUCUGGUCGCUUCAAUGGUCAAGACUAGUCUUCUGGCAUUCAUUAUGCGAGUCUUCCCUGUGCAGUGUGUAAGAUACUGGGGAUGGGGGUUGAUCAUAUUCCUGGCACUAUUCACAAUCUCCGGUGAAAUCGCGAUGAUACUUCAGUGCAUCCCUGUUCAAGCCACCUGGGACUCUUCAAUCAAACACAAGAAAUGCCUUUCAAACGAUGCAUUGUUUGGAAUAACAAUGUAUCAAUGUGUGCUGAUGUUUAUGGUGGAUGUGGCGAUCAUUGUUCUGCCGAUGCCCAGUGUUUGGAAGCUGCAAAUGCCGUUAAAACGUCGUUUGUCUAUCUCAGCUCUUUUUGGCCUCGGGAUUCUGAGCUGCGCUGCAGCCCUUGCUCGUCUUCCUACACUGGCUUAUCAAAACAAUACCACUGAUUAUACAUAUUCUAUCGCAAAGUCCCUUCUAUGGAUGCUGGUCGAAUACAACAUUGGCCUCAUGGUCGGAUCACUCCCCACACUCCGAAAGCUUACCGUUUUACAGCGUAUCUUUGGAACUACCCAGAAAAGCUACGGCUACAGCGAAGGAUACUCAGGUGCAGGAAUAGGAGCAAACCCUGAUGAAAGAAGUUAUCAGUUGGAGAAUUCAGUUUGGACCUCGCGAAAUGCAGGCAGCACGAAGCCUAAUGCUAUACAUAAGACGGUUGAGAUUAGUCGGAGUGAGAGCUGCGAGCGAAUCAUUGAGACGCCCUAUGGAGCACGCUUAUAA